UUUUUAGUGUUCCUAAAGAAAAAUAUUAGACGUUUUACUGAUAUUUUUAAAUAUUUUAAGGAUUUUUUGGGGAAAGAUUUUUACUUAUUUUUUGAAAAUAUUUACAAGAAUUUUCUUGCCAAAUUUGGAGGAUUUUUUUAAAAAUACAACUUUUAAGGAAAAUUUUUAAGGAAUUAUUGGAAUUUUCUUCCUGAAGAUUUUCCAAAUUUUCAUAAAUUUUGGGAUUUUUUUGCUGAAUUUUUCAAUUUGGAGAAUCUUCUAUCUGAACUCGUGUUUUUAGCUUGUUUAGGGUGAUGUGCAAUGUUUAAGUGUCGUUGUUUUGAUGGCUUAUCUGUGUAGAUUCUCAGUCUGAUAGGUUUUAAGGAUCCUGAGGGCUUCAUUUAAAGGCAGACGGACUUAUUCUUGGUUCUUGAAGAUGUUUCAUCCUCUUAUCCACAUUUUCAACAUUUUUGGGAAAUCUUGGAACAUUUUUUGGUGGAAAAAAAGAAAUUUUGCUGGAUUUUGGUUGAUUCUUUUGUGAAUGUUCUUUUAAAAAAUAGAAGUUUUACUGAUAUAUAUGGAAUCACUUUAGAUAUUUUAAGGAUUUUUACUCAUUUUUUGAAAAUAUUUACAAGAACUUCCUUGCCAAAUGUGUGGAAUUUUUACAAAAUAAAUUUUUUAGAGAAACUUUGAUAGAAUAUUGGAAUUUUCUUCCAGAAGGUUUUGCAAAUUUUCAUAAAUUUUUGGCUGAAUUUUUAAUUUUUUUUCAGACAAGGAAACUAUGUUUUUGUUGCCCGUAAAUGAGGACAGCAGGAGGGUUAAGGUCCCCAUCAAUGGGAGUCUGGCUGCUCUUCUGGAGAACUGUAAAGUCAUUGCUCCAGAAUGAAGCUUGUAGCAUCAGCAGCACAGCUGGUUUGCAUUGAUGAGAGUUUGAGGUUGCUUUGGGAGUCAUUCAGCAGAGCAGAGGAGUGUUCUAAUUGCUGAAGAAUUAGCAGAUAAGGACCAGUCUCAUGAGCAAACAAAUCUAAGAUGUAGGCCAUUUAGACAAAAAAACUGACAUGAAUCAAGAAACACUGGCUUAUUUUUGUCCAAACUUCUCUUUAAUGAGGUCAAAUUUAUUCCAGUGAAAACCACAUCCCUUCCCAAGUGCCUCAUAGAGGGCUGUCCUCAGACUUUAAAUACUACAUUACGUCGUUAUCUUCUCAACAUUUAAGCCCUUGAUUGUCUGGUGAGGUGGAGUCAGAGGCGGCCAGGUUUUAAAUAUUCCUCCUUCUUUGGGAUUUCUCUGGGUGGCUCUUUCACUCUGAACACACCAGAGUCUCUGCUGGAAGGAAGCGACUGGUUUUCAGUGACUGAGACACCCAGAGGCGACGUGAGCUCGGUGCAGCUGUGGAGUAUAAAAGCAGACAGUCACAGUCAGAGUAACAGAGAGCAUGCUUGUGCAACGUAACAGGGAGGCUGCUUGUGUUGAGUCUGAUGUACAGAAUGUGGAAAGUCCUCAGGUGAGGGCGUCUUCAAACCUUGGACCAAAACGAGACGGCACCGAGAACAAGCUGGAUUAAUUCCUUUUUAAAAAGCGUCAGCUAUGACUAAUUUUCAAAAUCACAGCGUUUCUGAGCAUCUCCAUGGAUUCCUUAAUUCAGAGGUUUCUCUCAGCUAGUGGAACCACAUCCGGCCCAGAGCACGGCGGUGAUGCUGGCCAUGCAGCACUCCAACUCCUCGGGCAUCACUGCCUCCUUCCCUCUCUCUAACGACACCGUCGUGGUGCAGGAGCCUGAGGUGGAGGCUCCUAAUGCCACCCGUCCACGUGGCAACCCCACGUCGCCGGUCCUCACCAUGACUCUGGGCAUCCUGUUCAACGUGGUGGCCCUCAUCAUCCUCGCCAAGGCUUACAACCGCUUCCGGCGACGCUCCAAGGCCACCUUUCUGCUCUUCGCCAGCUCCCUGGUGGCCACGGAUCUGGCUGGACAUGUGAUUCCCGGUGCGCUGGUCCUGAGCAGAUACUCAACAAGCACCACGUCCACAACCGAUCCCAGCUCCAGCUUACGGGGGGAUUUCGCAGAUCCCGACGCCUCUUGUCUGUUUCUGGGCGGCUGCAUGGUGUUCUUCGGCCUGUGCCCGCUCUUCCUGGGCUGUGCCAUGGCCGCCGAGCGCUGCAUGGGCGUCACCAGGCCUCUGCUGCACGCCCGUCUGGUCACCACGGCACGCACAAAGAUGGCGCUGACCCUGAUCUGGCUGCUGGCGUUAUGCGUGGCCGUCCUGCCCAUCUUCAACCUGGGGGCCUACACCUACCAGCACCCGGGGACGUGGUGCUUCAUCAGGGUGAUGGAGGGCACCAAGGCCACGGACCUGGCCUUCGUCAUGCUGUUUUCCGGACUGGCUCUGAGCUCACUGGGCCUGGCCUUCGUGUGCAACACCAUCAGCGGGAUCACACUGGUGAGGGCCCGGCUAAAGAAGAGGUCGUGCUCCCAGCGCUGCUCGGCCAGGUCCCACGACACGGAGAUGGUGGUCCAGCUGGUCGGCAUCAUGGUCACCUCCUGCAUCUGCUGGAGCCCUCUGCUGAUCUUUGGACUGACGUCGGCCACACGUUCCUACAGCAACUCUCUCCACAGUGACAGAGACACUUACAGAGACCUGAUGGUGACGGGGGUCAGGAUGGCGACAUGUAACCAGAUCCUGGACCCGUGGGUCUACAUCCUGCUGCGACGCGCCAUCCUCAGAAAAAUCUACCGCAUCACUAAAAAGCAGGCCAGCUUCAAAGGGAGCACGUUCCGCUCCAUCCGCUGGGACGCCAGCCCCUUCCAGAACUCGGAGAAAAACUGUGUUAAUAAGAUCUGAAGAAGAAGGGAAGAGAGGAUGUGUGGAAUGUCUCAUUUUAAUGGACGAUCUUUCACCUGUCAGUGCCGAAUGCAGCUUUUAAUCAUCUGGAUCUGAAUUCAGUAUUAAAAGGCCUUUUUUUAUGACUGAUGGGAAUAAGAGACACCUGGUUUAUGUAAAUGAAGUAUUAGGAGAGUGGAUCCCGAUGUUCCAGAUCUGAAAUAUCCCUGACAAGCUGAGGAUAACCUCUGAGGUGGUUCUACAGUAAGCAUGAGCCACCGUGACCGUAAAAAAUGGACUCAUUAUAAACUGAUAUGAGAGUGCAAUGACGGUCUGUUCUCUGUGAGAGCAGAUGUAAAUAAAAUGAUUGUCAGUCGGACGAUAAUGUGAUCUUCAAAAAGCGGAGACUUCAUCUUGUCUUAACCCUCCUGUUGUCCUCAUUUACAGGCAUGAAAAAAAUCCAAAACUUCUGCAAAAAAAAUCCCCACAUUUCUGAAAAUUUGCAAAAACCUUCAGGAAGAAAAUUUCAAGAAUUCCUUAAAAGUUUUUUUAAAAAUCCCUUAAAUUUGGAAAGAAAAUUUUUGUAAAUAUUUUCAAAAAAUGAGUUUAAAUCUUCCAAAAAAGGGUAAAAAUAUCUAAAGUGAUUACAUGUAUAGCAGUAAAACUUCUAAUGUUUUCUGAAGAACAUUCACAAUUUGAUUAGAUUUUUUUUUUUUUUGCAAAUGUUCUUCAGAAACAUUUUUAACAUUUUUUUUCCACCAAAAAAUGUUAAAUUUCCCGAAAAUGUGGACAUCAGAAGUUCCACUGUGAAUACAUAUAUUUUCUCCACAUUUUCAAACGUUAAACCGGAUCAAAUCUGAACCACAGGACAACAGGAGGGUUAAAGAAAACAUCUCAACUCAAAAGCUUCGUCUCCAAAUGUUCUGUUCUCUGACACAAUGUAAAAGUCAAUGACUUGUGUAAAAUGCUCAUAGUAGCACAAAAAAGAAAAAGGCUGUGCUUUUACCUCAGCAUGAAGAUGUGAAAAACCUUGUUUGUGUGUCCAGUGUUCUGACAUGGAUGUGAGUCCUUAUUGUGUUUUUGAAUGUAUCUACGGCGUCUGUGUCCUCCCAGAGUGUCUGAGGACUGAAGUGAAGCUAUGUGUUGCAAAAGCUAACUCAAUGUGAUGAUGUUGAGAAAAGGGAAUGUAGGACUUGAGAAUAAAUGGCUGUCUGAAAAUGA